UUUUAUAAUAGUAGAGAAAUAGCCGAACUUCUUAUUUCACACGGUAUAAAUAUCAAUGAAAAAGAUAAUGAUGGAAGAACCGCUCUUCAUUUUGCAGCAUUAAAUAAUCGUAAAGAAACAGCCGAAAUUCUUAUUUCGCAUGGUAUAAAUAUCAAUGAAAAAGAUAAUGAUGGAAAAACCGCUCUUCAUAUUGCAGCAUUUUAUAAUAAUAGAGAAAUAGCCAAACUUCUUAUUUCGCAUGGUAUAAAUAUCAAUGAAAAAGAUAAUGAUGGAAAAACCGCUCUUCAUUUUGCAGCAUUUUAUAAUAAUAGAGAAAUAGCCGAAAUUCUUAUUUCGCAUGGUAUAAAUAUCAAUGAAAAAGAUAAUAUUGGACAAACCGCUCUUCAUAAAGCAACACGUUAUAUAGAUAAAUAA